GAGAGAGGCGUGGCGUCCGCACUCCACGCGCCUUUGCUUUAAGCCCUCAAGAACUCUCACAAGUCACAAGUCACAAGCAGGCCUAAAUUUCCCUAUUUUCGUCACUUUCUGUGUGCCCUACUAGUUUUCUCACGCACAAAUGUACUCCAGUUCGUUGCAAAUCACUCUUUUAUGCUCACGGUUUGCAUGAAGGUCUAAACGAUCUUGGAAUUCCCGAAGAAGAAAAGAAAAGUGCAUAUUAAGUGAUGGCUCCCAAUAUAAGAGUUGCCAAGGCCUUUCGUGCUAUGAAAGAUCUUGGAAUUCCUGAAGAAAAAACAAAGCCAGUCUUGAAGAGGCUUUUAAAACUUUACGAUAAGAACUGGGAGCUUAUUGAAGAAGAAAACUAUAGAGCUCUUGCUGAUGCUAUUUUUGAUAGCCAAGAGUCUGAGGAAGUAGAACACAAGAAAAAACUUGAUGUUGAAGCAGCAGAGAAGAAAAAACAACUUGAGCAAGCUGAAAGAAUGAAGGCUAUUGAAGAGGAAACACAAACUCAAGAAGAACCAGAAAGACCCUUAAAGCGAUUGCGCUUAAGACAUCAAGAUGGUCAAUCUUCACCCUCUAGCCCUAAUUCAAAUGGAGCUUUACUAAAAAGGCCAAAACUAGAGGUUGAUGAGGUUCCUGAGCCUGUUUCACCUUUAAAACGAAAGGGAAAACAACCUGUUUUACCAAAUGAUUUGGCAAGAAUAGAAGGAUCUGAUGUAAUCCAUUCAGGAGAUGUGGUUGUUGCAGAUGCAACAGGCUCUUACUUAGCUGUUAGGCGUCUCAGAAACAGAGGGAAAGAGCCUCUUUCACCACAUACUGCUCCUAGAGAAAAGAGGUUAGUUAAGUCAUCUGAUGUGCACUUUAAAGAGCCAAAAGUUGAGACAGGUGUCAAUGUUAUGCCUAAAAAAAAGAAUCAUGCCUUAAUAAUACCAAAAGAUGAGCCCCAUUCAGACGAUCCACCUCACUAUCAGGUCCCUCUUGCAGUGAUCAUGCCAGAAUCAUUGACCAAUGGAGAUGCUUCAACUUACAACAAUUUGGAAACAGAACCUGAUUCUGAAUCUGUGGAUAAAAGCAACCAUGUUCAUGAAACAUCAAAUGGUAAUGAGCUCAUAGGCAUUCCAAAUGAAACAACAGCUAAAAAAGUAGAUAUUGCUUCAUCGUCUUCUGGGGAGAUCAAGAUUUCUUUGUGUGUCAAUGGAAAGACUAAGUUAUCUGCUACAAGUGUAGAUACCCUUUUGAAAACUAUGGAAGAUAAAUGUCUGAAAUCAUACAAACUUCUAGAUCCAAGCUUUUCUGUCAAGAAACUAAUGAAGGAUAUGUGUGAGUGCUUUCUGAAGCUUGAAUCCAACUCCACCACCGAGCCACCAGUAGCCAUAGAUAACAAUGGAAAUGAUCAUGAAAAACAAGUAGAUCAAAAUGGCAUUAUUGAGAAUAAUACAAUGUCUUCUUCUUCUGAUGAUUUUGUUAAUGACAUAGCUAAAGGACAAGAAAGUGUGGUAAUCUCAUUGGUCAAUGAAGUCAACACCGAGUGUCUUCCAUCUUUCCAUUACAUUCCAAAGAAUGCAGUUUUCCAGAAUGCUCAUGUAGACUUCUCAUUGGCUCGUAUUGCUGAUGACAAUUGUUGUCCCACUUGUUUUGAUGAUUGUCUGACAUCAUCAACACCUUGUCCAUGUGCUUUACAAAGUGGUGGUGAAUUUGCUUAUACAAGUGAAGGGCUUGUGAAAGAGUGGCUUCUAGAUGAUUGUAUACAAAUGAAUCGUGAUCCUCAAAAACGUGUUGUACUUUAUUGCAAAGAAUGCCCAUUAGAAAGGUCGAAAAAUGAGGAGAUUUUGGAACAAUGUAAAGGUCAUUUGGAAAGGGGUUUUAUCAAAGAAUGUUGGUUGAAAUGUGGAUGCAAUAAAAAGUGUGGGAAUCGAGUUGUACAAUGUGGAAUUAAACAUAAGUUGCAGGUAUUCAUGACACAUGGAGGAAAAGGGUGGGGUGUUCGUACCCUAGAGGAUCUCCCAAAAGGUGCAUUUGUGUGUGAGUAUGUGGGGGAAGUGUUGACUAAUACAGAACUUUACAAUAGAGUUGCACAAAGUUCAAAAAAAGACGAAUAUGCCCAUCCAGUAUUGCUGGAUGCUGAUUGGGGUGGAGAGAGUGAAUUUAAGGAUGAAGAAGCUUUGUGUUUGGACGCCACUUAUUAUGGAAAUGUGGCUAGAUUUAUUAAUCAUAGGUGUUUUGAUUCGAAUUUGGUUGAGAUCCCUGUGGAAGUGGAAAAUCCUGAUCGUCACUACUAUCAUCUUGCUUUCUUUACUACAAGAAAGGUGAAAGCUCUAGAAGAGUUGACCCGGGAUUAUGGUAUUGAUUUUGAUGAUGAUGAGCAUCCUGUGAAGGCAUUUCAGUGCCAAUGUGGUAGCAGAUACUGCCGUGACAUAAAACCCUCCACUACCAGGUCUGGGAAAAGAAGGUUAUCUUGAAAUUAAGGACUGCUGCAAACUGUAACUACUAACUAGUAACCCCACCAUAGUUACAAGAAGCCUAGCCUUUUGUAUGCUCAUGAUGACUGCUUUUAAUACUAUGAUGUUGAUAUGAUGAUGAUGUCUCCCUUCCUUUUGAAACUGUUUUUAUAAUAAAAUCAAACCCUUGGUGGCAUUUAAGUAUGUACAACAACAUUCCUUUACUAUGUGUUUGCACAUACAUAUGACAUUGAGAAUCAAGUCUUUGUCCUA